GUUGACUUCCUCUCUUCACAUCAGCUGGGUCCAUUCAGGGCUCCGGGCAUCUGUGGUGACUUGUCUACUCUAAUGCUGCAGAAUGUGGCAGAUGCUAUCACCAAUGGCUUUGCUACUUCUGGUUUCAGCUGGCACACAAGCAGAAGAUCACCCCAAGGCUAAGGUGACCCUAGACCCUCAAUGGAACAGGGUGCUCAAGGACGACAAGGUGGUUCUGAGGUGCCAGGGAUCCUACUCCUCAGAGGACCAUUUUACACAGUGGUUUCACAACGGGACCGUCAUAGAAAACCAAUCCUCCAGCUACUCCAUCGCGGCUGCCAGAGUUGAAGACAGUGGAGUGUACCAGUGCAAGACAGCCCUCUCACCACUCAGUGACCCAGUGCAACUAGAAGUCCACACAGACUGGCUGUUGCUCCAGGCCUCUCGGUGGGUGUACGAGGAGGGGGAUCCCAUUGUGCUGAGGUGCCACAGCUGGAAGAACACGCAUGUGCACAAGGUCCAAUAUUUCAAGGAUGGCAGAGGCAGGAAGUUUUCUUAUCAGAAUUCUGAGUUCCACAUUCCAAAAGCAAGACAAGAAGACAGUGGCUCCUACUUUUGCAGGGCGCUUAUCGGGCCUAGUAGAAACGAGUCUUCAGAGGCUAUGAACGUCAUUGUUAAAGGUCCUACAAUUCCACCCGACUCACCACUUUUUCCAUCUUGGAUCCAAGUCGCUUUCUGCCUGGUGAUGGGACUCCUGUUUGCAGUGGACACGGGGCUGUAUGUCUCUGUGCAGAGAAACCUUCGAAAUUCAAUGAGAGACCAGAAAAAUGUCAAAGUCACAUGGAGCCGGGGCUCUUAGGACAAAUGGGGGUAAUAAAAGAAGCAUCCCCAUCCCAAAUGGGUAAUAAAGCAGCAUCUCUGAA